CGGCGGGCAGCCCCGGAGCUGGGGCCUGCUGCUGUGCGGAGGCUGCGGCGGCUGCUGCCGGCGGGUCCCGGCCGGGGAAGGAGCCGCGUCCCCCGCCGGCAGCUGAUUAGAAUCAUCUCUGGGAAUCCACUUGAGUCUGCAUUGCCAAAGAUGAAUAGCUCGAUCAUAUUUAUGUGCGUGCAUUCGAGGAGGGAGAAGCUGCCGUGUUGGAUACGAUUGCACCAGCUUUGAAGCGUGCAGCCCUGCCACUGCUAUGGGUGACGCUAUUGUAGACACAGCCCCUGGGACAGCGGUGGAUCAGUCAUCCGGCCCAGUGCUGCAAGGAAAUGGAGGGACUCCUCUCAGCGUCAUCAGAGAAGGCGUUGGGGAGUUGGCGGUUAUCGACCCUGAGGUGGCAAAGAAAGCCUGUGAAGAGGUCCUGGAGAAGGUCAAGCUGAUGCAUGGGGUCUCCUCAGACAGUGUGGCUAAAUCAGAUGAUGGCAAUGAAACGGAGAGUGCUCCACGGACCAACCUGGAACUAGUCAAUGGAGACGUCAGAGAUGGCUGUGAAAUCAAAUGCUUGGAUGACCCACCUGGCACGCCUUCCAGGAUCCGGGAGGAGGACGAGACCAUGGCCAACACAGUGAAAAGCGCCCGGAGGCGGCAGAAGAACAACUCGGCUAAGCAGUCCUGGCUGCUCCGGCUCUUUGAAUCCAAACUCUUUGAUAUCUCCAUGGCCAUUUCAUACUUGUACAAUUCAAAAGAGCCGGGGGUACAAGCUUAUAUUGGAAAUAGGUUGUUUUGCUUUAGGAAUGAGGAGGUGGACUUCUACCUGCCACAGCUUCUAAACAUGUACAUCCAUAUGGAUGAAGAUGUUGGCGAUGCUAUCAAACCCUACAUUGUACACCGCUGUCGGCAAAGCAUCAACUUUUCCCUCCAGUGUGCCCUGCUCCUGGGUGCCUACUCCUCGGACAUGCACAUCUCAACUCAGCGACACUCCCGUGGGACCAAGCUGCGGAAGCUCAUUCUUUCUGAUGAGUUGAAGCCAGCUCACAAAAAGAGGGAGCUGCCGUCUCUGAGCCCGGCGCCCGACAUGGGGUUGUCACCUUCCAAAAGGACUCACCAGAGGUCCAAGUCAGACGCCACAGCUAGCAUCAGCCUGAGCAGCAAUUUGAAACGGACCGCCAGCAAUCCCAAAGUCGAGAGUGAGGAUGAGGAAUUCUCAUCGAGUACGGAAAGUCUUGAUAAAUCAUUCUGUUCCCCUGUCAGACUUGCCCCCGAGAGAGAAUUCAUCAAAUCCCUGAUGGCCAUCGGGAAGAGACUAGCCACUUUGCCCACCAAAGAGCAGAAGACUCAGCGUCUUAUCUCGGAGCUGUCUUUACUUAACCAUAAGCUUCCGGCACGCAUCUGGCUUCCCACAGCUGGCUUUGACCAUCACGUGGUGCGGGUGCCCCACACCCAAGCGGUGGUACUCAACUCCAAGGAUAAGGCUCCCUAUUUAAUCUACGUUGAAGUACUUGAAUGUGAAAAUUUUGACACCACUAAUGUGCCGGCCCGGAUCCCGGAGAACCGCAUCCGGAGCACGAGGUCUGUGGAGAACCUGCCAGAAUGUGGGAUCACUCAUGAGCAGAGGGCCAGCAGCUUCACCACCGUUCCCAACUAUGACAACGAUGAUGAAGCCUGGUCUGUGGACGAUAUUGGGGAACUGCAGGUGGAGCUUCCGGAGAUGCACACCAACAGCUGUGACAAUAUUUCCCAGUUCUCUGUGGACAGCAUCACCAGCCAAGACAGCAAAGAGCCUGUGUUCAUAGCAGCUGGCGAUAUUAGACGGCGCCUCUCAGAGCAGCUCGCACACACCCCAACAGCUUUCAGGAGGGACCCUGAGGAUCCUUCUGCUGUUGCCCUGAAGGAGCCCUGGCAGGAGAAAGUCAGGCGGAUCAGGGAAGGCUCCCCUUAUGGCCAUCUUCCAAACUGGCGCCUCCUCUCGGUGAUUGUCAAAUGUGGAGAUGACCUCCGGCAAGAGUUGCUAGCGUUCCAGGUCCUUAAACAACUGCAGUCUAUUUGGGAGCAGGAGCGCGUGCCCUUGUGGAUCAAGCCAUACAAGAUCCUCGUCAUCUCCGCAGAUAGUGGCAUGAUCGAGCCGGUUGUCAAUGCAGUGUCCAUCCACCAAGUCAAGAAACAAUCCCAGCUCUCGCUGCUGGACUACUUCCUCCAGGAGCAUGGCAACUACACUACCGAAGCGUUUCUGACGGCCCAGAGGAACUUUGUGCAGAGCUGUGCUGGCUACUGCCUGGUGUGCUACCUGCUACAGGUCAAAGACAGGCACAAUGGCAAUAUAUUGCUGGAUGCAGAUGGACACAUCAUCCAUAUAGAUUUUGGGUUCAUUCUCUCCAGCUCCCCCAGGAACCUUGGCUUCGAGACAUCUGCCUUCAAGCUCACGACAGAGUUCGUUGAUGUCAUGGGCGGUCUGGAUGGUGAUAUGUUUAACUACUACAAGAUGCUGAUGCUGCAAGGCCUCAUUGCUGCCCGAAAGCACAUGGAUAAAGUCGUGCAGAUUGUGGAGAUAAUGCAGCAAGGUUCUCAGCUGCCCUGUUUCCAUGGCUCCAGUACCAUCCGCAACCUGAAGGAGCGUUUCCACAUGAACAUGACGGAGGAGCAGCUGCAGUUGCUCAUUGAACAGAUGGUGGACGGCAGCAUGCGGUCGAUCACCACCAAACUCUAUGAUGGCUUCCAGUACCUCACCAAUGGCAUCAUGUGACGGCUGCGCCCCUGCCACCAACUCGAGGAUGGCUUUUGUCGUGGCCACAGUGCCCAGCUGGAGACCUACCACCUGGCCGAGGGAAAAGGUCUUGCCCCCUGUGGUGAAGGGAGCCGAGCAGUAGCACCUCCUGGGUGCCGGGUUUACCGGACUCUCAAACCAACCACAACAAAAAACAGUGUUCAGAGAAGCGAAAUCCACGCGUGAAAUUGACUAAAACAAAAAGGAUCAUGUGGCAACCAUGGCGAUCACGUUUAAUGUGACCGCGGGGUCCAGGCGUUGGUGAGACAAAGCCAUCAGCGCUCUGUGGACAACAGAGCAUCUGCUAGACACCAGAACCAUGUGUACAUCAGUUCCUCCCAUCUUUAUUUCAGUAUUAUGCCUGUUGAUGUCCUGUGAACUCUUCCACAAUCUCAUAAAUGUUUAGGGCCUGGGGUGGAGGGGGCCAAAACCAUCCUCCUCCCUGAGUCUGGUAUUUGCCGAUAUUUUGAGCCUUCUGCUAGCACCACUUGAAUGCAGUUGAGGUGAAUCCCCAUCAGCCCCCAACCCUGCAUGUUCCUGUACAGCAUCGUCAGCAUUAUUUGACUCUCCUGAUGUUGGUUUGGCUUUUUUCACCCUUUGCACAUUUUAAUGUAAGUUUAAGUUGCAAGUUAGACAACAAACGUGUCUUGAGAUCAUAGGUGACUAGACACAACUCCUGUAGCACAGUCUUCACCUUCUGGAGCAUAGGGUUAUUAGGACUUAGAUAUUUUUGUUUCCUUUCAUCCACAUCUCUCAUAGUCUGGCCAUGCAACCGCAUGCCCAUCUGUCUUUCUUUGGGCACCUUUUUGACUUUGUUCCACAAAUCUGGGGCUGUGAAGCUUUCCCCUGCAAUAAUAUCAGACUGAAUGCUUCAUGGGUUUGUGCCGCACUGAAUGUCUUGUCCUUGGCUGAUGAUCCCUGAACUCACGCUGCCUUGAACUCAGCAGCGGGGCUACACAUCGCUUUGUGUGUGGUAUCCGCACAGGGGUUACAUUUCCGUGGAUGAGGAGUUUUUACAUCUACCUGGAUCGGACCUCUAAAUGCAGAAUGUUCCCCUGGAGGUUAUAACCUGUCCCAUCCCUUCUCGGUGGUGUACUUUGCCCUGAGCCAAGUUUCAUGGCUCCCAGGGAGUGAGGCAAAACGUGGACUGAUGUUGCUAGUUCUCUCCCUAGGGUAACUGAAGGCCAAUCUAGGCUUAUUAUCCAUCUUACCUUGCUAGCAUACCUAGCUAGAGUUCAGGAGACAGGAUGAUCUUUAGUUUUGCGGCAAGCAGGGCAUAGCUAGUGCCUUUUUUCAGUUUUAAGUAAAGAAGUGAUCGUGCUAAUUUUUCAUCCCCGGAAACAGGUCAAAAGCAGAUGCUGACAAGCACAAAGUUAUUGCAAAGAACCAGUAGAACGCAGCUGUGAAGUCGUAAGUCCAGGCUGUUUGGCAUAUAGAUCCAGGGCACGGAAAUAACUCCAUGCUGGGCUGAUUUCAUUUUAAAAACUCCCUUUCCGCUACUGUCCAGCUGAGAGCAUCUGUACUUUAUAAAGAGCAACAAGGUUUGAUUUGUUGAAGCUUCUCCAUUUCUCUGUAUUAAUAUAACUCUAUUCAGACACAAGUCCCCUCCCUUGUCCUGUCUCCCCUCAGUGUAUUCAGACUUCCUGCAGCUGCUGAUCAGAGGGUGGAAUCCCCUACUACCUGAGUGUAUGUGAUUUGUUACCUCAGUCCUUGUUCUCCUCCACCCCCCAUCGACUCCUGUUGCGGACUUUCAUGUUAAUAGGUGUGUUUGUUUAGUGCUACUUUGCCAUGUUGAUUAUUUAGCAUUUUUUGAACUGUAUUUUAACAUUAUGGGAUAGAGGUUUCUGGCAGGAAGAGGCAGUAUUUCCAAGUUUUGCGACCAGAAGUUCAAACCACUGUGUACCCUCCUGCAGCCCAACAGAUGAGCAGCGAGCUAGGCUUAACUGUCUCCCAACUGCAGUUAAAAAAGACAGGUGGUGGGGGGAGGGCAUAAUCUUCCGUCACUCUCUGCUCUCAAAACCAGUUUAUUCUUGUUACCAGUUUGGAAAUGGAUUGGCAAAACGUAAGGUAUGGCCUUUUACUAUCCGCUGAAGGAAUGAUGAAAGGUCUGAAACUCUUCUCCUCUGUUUGCGCGCACACACACACACAC